AUGUCUGUCCUUGUUUCCCCAUCCUUCCCAUGUCUGCCAUCCCUGCUGCUGGCUCUGCUGCUGAAACUCACAGGAACCUCAGGUGAAGAGUUCCAGGUGAACCAGCCUGAGAGUUCAGUGUCAGCCAAGCCUGGAGAUGUCAUAACCUUGGGCUGCAGCAUUCCUGCUCUGUUCCCAGCAGGGCCUGUCUUGUGGUUCAAGGUCACCGGGCUUGAACAAAAAUUAAUCUACAGAUUUAAUGGAAGCCAAUUUCCCCGAGUAUCCCCAGUGGUAAACCCAAUGGCCAAUCAAACAGACUAUUCCACCCACAUCAGUGAUGUGUCGCCUAAGGACGCUGGCACCUAUUACUGUGUGAAGUUAAGAAUAGGGCAUCCUGACAUGGAGUAUAUAUCUGGUCCAGGCACCCAUGUAUCUGUGAGUGGAGCCACAAAUGACAUGUUCAAGGUGCAACAAGCUGAGAUAUUACAGACUGUAACAACUGGGGAAACACUCACCUUGAGUUGCAGUGUACCAGAUUCAUUUCCAAAUGGACCCAUCUUAUGGUUCAAGGGGACUGGACCAAAUCGUGAAUUAAUCUACAGUUUCAAAGGUGGCCUCUUUCCCAGAGUAACACAGAUUGGAAAUGCGGCCAAAGCUGGCAAUGCAGACUUUUCCAUCCGCAUCAGUGAAAUCUCUCUUGCAGAUGCCGGCACCUACUUCUGUGUGACGUUCAAGGAGGGAAAACCUGAUAUAGAGUACCAGUCAGGUCGGGGCACCCAGGUGGUUGUGACAGGAACAAGCAAUAAUUUUGCCCCAGAUACUUCAGACAGACAUCUUUUGACCGCGAGGGGAACCAAGUUGAGGAAAAGUCUGCUCUAG